CACGUUUUGACGAUCAGCGCCGAAUUCAUGAGCUAGCCGUUAGAACUCCAUUGACGAACUUACCAUCAUCAUCGUCAUCACCUCAAGAAAAUUCCUUCAAAAGAUACACCCAAAAGAAAAAGCAAAGAGGAGAGCUCCAGUUUCAUCCCCGAAUUCACACGAAACUUCGGUAAUUCCUUCCGACUGUAUCCGCCAAAUGGCCGCUUUCUUCUCCGACAGCGAUGAGGACAAGGCGGUGGACGAGCUGCUGUCUCAGGCCAUGGACUCGACGGUUCUCGAUCAGGUGGCCGCCAUUAACUGCGCUGGAUUCGAUUCCGGCGGCCUCCCGAGCCACCUCGAAGCCCGCUUCGCGAGGCUUAAAUCCUUCCCAUCCGCCGCAGCGAAGACGAAACCCUCAACGAAAAGUUUCCACGUCUCCGAUCCCGGCGACGUCAAGAAAAUCGAUUCUCCGAUUUCAUCGAGAAAUUCCGAUUCAGUUCCGGAAAAUUCCCCUACAUCGAAGCCGAAAUGCGCCGAUUCGAAAAAUAACUCGCCCCCUUGUGAUAGUGCAGGCGUGAACAGAAACCCUAGAAUUGAAAUUGGGGGAAAUGGGAGGAAAUCAAAUUCGCCUGAUUUCUGGGCGGAUUUCUCGACUAGGAGUAGGUCUGUUUCUCCGCCAGUGAAGAGUGGUUGUUUCUUGUGCUCCCCUAAGAAAUCGUCGAGGAAAUUAGGGAAGAAGGAGAACAGGGGGUUGGAUUUGGGGCUGAAUUGGGGGAAGCAUGAUGAUGAUCUUCUAACUGAUUUAAGUAAUUUCUCAGUUCAUAGUAAGAAGAUGAGCAGACGGGCUAUGGAAGAAGAGGAGAAAAUUUGCAGAGAAGCUGAGAAAAUUGUGAAGUGGGCUAAGCAGGCAUCGGCGAGGAUGGAAGUUUCGGGGAUUGAAGAUAUCUUGAGUGAUGAUGAUGAGAAUCAUAAAUUCAGUUGAUCUUUGGGGGAUGAAAGAUUUCUUGAGUGUGGUAAGAAUCAUAAGUAAUGUUAAAUCUUGAACAAUGUUGAUCCAAUGCUGUGAUCAUGAUGAGAAGCAUAAGUCUUGUAUGGUCGAAUUUUCAUGUUUUUUACUAGAAUGGCACAAUCUAUGUCCAAUGAUUCAAUUUAGUGUAGAAGAAUGCCAAUGUGGUAUGAAUAUAGGGGGUGAGAUUAUAUGGCUUUAUUGCAGAUUAUAUUUACAUGAAAGUGUUUAAUGAAUCUGUUCUGUCU